GGGGAAUCCUCCUCCUUCCCCCGUGGGGGGCAUGUUUACAUGAGUAGUGAGGGCAGGAAGAGGGCAUCGUGGGGCCGAGCCCUGGGGGGCGGCACGCCCCGGAGGGAGAGGGCCGUGUAAGAGCGCCGCUGCCAGGCACAGAUCAAUGGUGUGUAGUGUGGGACUAAACACGCUGUCGCUGCUGCUGCUGCUGCAACAGCCUUCCUCUCCUGAGCCUCCGUUUUGUCUCCUGUCGGCCUGGCUGCCGUUGCUCUCAGCACAGCCUAGUGAUGUGUGACCGGGGUGGAAAACCUGGCAUGAUGUGAGCGUAGAGUGUUGUGGUAGGACUGGCUGGCUGGCUGGCUGGUCGGCACACACACACAUGCCACCUCCAGCACGCAGUCAAGGUGGCCGCCAAGCCUUAUGUCGUUGACGUGUCGUCAACCAGAGCCAUGGUGCAGGUGCACGUCUCACACUCUGCAAGGUGCUAGAGAUGGCCUUACCAAACACUUGACUGGCGGGUUGUGGAGGCGCCUAGCCCCGCCUCCUCUCGUGGCAACUGGGCAUCAACCAGGCUUAAAGUCUUUUUGAGUGCUACAAAGAAAUCUGCCGCUUGUCGUGUUAGGUUUCUGAACCAACUGCUCACCUGAUACGCUCCCUGGAACCAAGAUGAACCGCUGGGAGCCGUUUGUUAACACGGCAGUGAGUGCUGCAUUGUACACGGUUGGUACGUGAAGGAGACGCUGAUAAACUAAUCAAAAUUGACUUACAGUGACUAAGGCAGUCACUCUGUGCUCCAAGAGCCGUAGCCGUCACAUGGACAGAAAAUACCUUUACAUUAUCACGGGUUUUGUUGCUAGGAUCAGCAGCACCGGUGCGUUCUCUUUCAAGCAAAAUGAAGAAAAAUGACAGAAUACUAUACAGUGACGUGCAUGGCUGUGAUGUUCAUGAGCGGACCGGUCUCUUGAAGCAGCUCUACGACAUUGCUGAUAUUCACUCGAUAGACAGGAAGACAGGUUGUUAUCGGUGAGUGAUGAGAGUGCAGUGGUGGGGCCGGGCGUGACGGGGCGUCAACCAUGUCAGUCGCCAUGCCAUGUAAACACUAAUACACAAGUUACACUGAAAUUAAAACAGUGCCUAAUAGUUUCCCCUCCUCAUCCAUGCAGUGGAACGCUAAAACUGUCCAAUAAAUGGUGCUUGUGUGUGUUACCUUAGUGUAAACAGUGUCCAAUAAGCGGCGCCACGGCCGUCCUGUGCAACGGAAACAAUGUGCAAUAGGAAGCGCUUCAGCUGUGUGGAUUAACCUUGGCGCUAAAACAAUGCCCAUCUAUUCCAGCAACACAGACGUGGCUGGGUACGAGACCCUCAGCACACGUCGCCGUCACAACCCCUUCCACCGCCAGGGGGGGCAAGAGAAAAAUGAUCCCCAUCGGUUUGUGGAGGGGAUGAGCUUUAAGGGCAAGCUAAUUGGAGUGUUAGAAGUCUCUGAAGCUCGUGGUGACCGCAUGUGCCAAGAGGCGCUGGCAGAACUUAAGAUGGCUGUUCGUGCUGCUGGAGAACACAAACAGAGGAUUGUCAUCAACGUAGCCAUGGAUGGAAUUAGAUUGCGAGAUGAAAGAUCUAGUGACUGCCUGUACCACCAUCCAGUGCACAAAAUCUCCUUCAUUGCCCAGGAUAUGACAGACACUAGAGCUUUUGGUUAUAUCUUCGGCUCCCCUGAUGCGGGUCACAAAUUUUUCGGUAUCAAAACUGAGAAAGCGGCAAGCCAGGUGGUAAUAGCCAUGCGGGAUCUGUUCCAGGUUGUGUUUGAACUGAAGAAGAAAGAAAUAGAGAAGGCCAGGUCACAACUGGAAGAGGGGAGAGACAGAGGGGAGUUCAGGGAGUCUUCAUUUGGCGGGCUGUUCGGCAGCAAUGGGGACAGCGGAAUAGUGAGUGCCAGUCUGACAAGUGGGGCCGGGGGGGCUAUUGCUGACUUGCUAGAUCUUCAAAGUGAACUGAGCUCCCUUCAGAAGGGGCUCACGGAAAUCAGCCAGCAGCGUGCUCAACAGAACCAGAAGGAGAGUGAGCAGUUUGACCCCUUUGGCGAUUCCUUCAAGCCCUCCUUUCCCCCGCCUGACACAAACAAGCCCAGAAUUACAGCAAGCACAGCACCCACUCCAGCCCCUUUGGCUCCUCCUCCUGUUUCUGGCAGAACCAGGCAUGAUUCACAUCAUGGGGCUCAGCAGCAACAGCAGCAACAACAACAACAACAGGCUGGAGCUUCCGGAGGUGCUGAACAGAAAAGUAGUCAGGAGUUUGGGAAGUUCCCGGUUACUUUUCCAGAUGUGACAAAAUCUCCCCCACCAGCUCAAAAUGAAUCUGCAAGGCAAGGGUCACAUGCAGGGGAGACUGAGGAAGAUAGAUAUGCAGCUUUUAAAGAAUUUACUAAUAUAAACAAUGGAUCAUUUAAUGAUUUUAGUGAUGCAAGGUUCUGUGAAGGGCAAGAAUCUCAAGCCAGUGGUGCAUCUAGUCUGCAUCAGACAGAUGAAUUUGAUGCUCAGUGGUCAAAAGCCGACUUUGCUGAUGCUUCAGGAACCUCUGGUAAUAAAGAAACUCAGUAUGAUGUAUUUACUGACUUAGAUCCACUUGGUACAGGAAAAAAUCGUCCAUACAUUGACAAGCGUGACUUUUUUAGUGAUAUGCGUAAGCCAGUAGGGCGUCCUUUACGUGAGAUGGGUGAUGGAGAGGCUUCAGCACCAUGUUCCCCUCGAACUCAACCAGGAAUGAUUCCUCCUGAGGUUUCGGCAUUGGUAGCCUCAACAUCUCUGUAUGCUACUACACCCAGAUCAAUUUGUGUGACAGCUUCAAGACAUUCUGCAUCUACCAAUAUCACUCCAGUUCAUGGUACUUCUAUGUCUUCUCAUUCCUUUACAGAGUCCUUUAGUCCUCCAGAUUCCUUUGGGCAGGAGGACUUUAAUUUCCAACAAGCUUCAGAGAAAGAUUUUUAUGAGGCAUCUAAUUUUUCAUCCUCAGGAUUUGCUGAUUUUAAUACCUUUCCAAAUGAUUCACCCAGAAGCCAGAGAUCAGAAGUAUCAAGUAGUAUACCUGAUGAGCCUCCUCCACCCUUGCCAUGUGGACCAUUAACUGUAGCUCUGCCUCCCGAAUCAUUCCGAGAUAGUCCUCCACCAUUUUCUCCACCUCCAGUCCCAAGGUCUCCUGCAAGAAUAGCUUCGGGUCCUGGAUCCCCACAAUUACCCCAUCCCCAUCGCUCCCCCAUUCCUCGGACUCGCUUGAGCAAACAAAUUAUGAUUGCAACCUCUUCACUGAGUCCAAAAACUCUGCCUCGUAGCCAUAAGUUCAGGAAACAGUCGAGCUUUGAAAGUGAGUGGGACACAAGAGAUAUGGAACAUUCUCGAGGUUUUACUAGUGGUGAGCUGACACCUCCAACUCCUCCUCAAAUACAGAGUGAAGGAGGUCUCAGUCCCAGGCCCAGACCUAGAUCUCAUUUAUCUAAACAGCUGAGUGCCAGUUCUGCCACACUAUCUUUACGACCUUCUCACAGUCGGUAUAGUGAUGUUGAGCAGUUUUCUUCUCCAGAAAUUGAAAGCAGACCUUUUCCUACAGAUGACCUUAAUCUCAGUUAUGAGGAAGCUCCUAAACCACCCCCCAGACCUGCUCAUAUUGAACCACCACCUCUUCCACCCAAGAGACAGCCUACUCAUGUCUCUCUACGACCACCUCCUCGUCCUCCUCCAACGUCUGAUGCUCACUAUAAUUAUAUCAAUGAAUAUGACUCUUCCCCUGAAGAAGUAAAUACUCCACCAAUUCCAAUACCUGCCAGAAAACCACGCUACCCUGACUCCUCCUCUCAGCCAGCAUUUAUCCCAAGCCGGUGUUCUAAACCUCAUCCAGAUAGUUUCCAGUUUCCAAAACCAAGCAUUAGUCCUACUCAUGAGCUAACAGGAGCUGUACCUAAAAGUUCUAGAGAAUCUACCCCAAGUAAGUUAUCAACUCCUGGUAAAUCUCCUAAAUUUAUUCAAAAGAGUACUGUAUCAGUUGAUUUGGCAAAUACUAGCCUCGACCAGUUGGCAGCUAGCUUAGAUAUGCCAGUUGAACAGUUAGCAAGGAUGACAGUAGUGGAGUUGGCAGCUUGUCUGGCACAGCUUCAACUAAGACAGGGAGGUGAUUUAGAGGAUCAGGUUAAAGGGGAUAUACAAACACAUGCCGGGCCACCGGAGAAACCUAGCCGGAGAUCUAGAGGUCCCAGCAGAGAUCAAAGCAAGGAUCGUUUUGCAUUUAAUGAGGAUGAAAUGUUUGCUGAAUUUGAUGCCCAAUUUCCCAAAAGUCCAGUAGAGCCUCCAGAAUUUAGUGGAAGUGGUGAAGAGCAUGUGACACAUGCUGUAGGAGCACCAGUUAGUGAGGACAGGUAUGCUGUAUUUAGAGAACUAACAAUUGUCACUAAACAGAAAUCUGUAUUCGAUGAAAAUUUCUUAACACCUCAAAAUUCAAUGGAAGAAGAGGUUUCAGAAGUUUCGUCUGGUACGUUUAAAGCAAAUUUUGAUGAUGAACUUCGACAUGAUUCCUUGGAGCAUAAAUCUUCCCUUAGUGAUGAUGGUGAUGCUGGAGAAUUGGAGAAAGACAAAGAUUGGCAUCCUCCAAACCAUGACCUUGAAUGUGUCACAGUUUUCAGAAGUCCCGAAAUUAGUGAGUAUGAUAAUUUUGAACCAGCCUUUGAUGCCAAGUUUGACGACGAUUUUUCUGCAGCCACAAUGAGUGAAAAGAGCCUCACUCCUGUCAACUCUCCAUCACAUCAGAGACACCCUAGCCCCAGACCAUCGCGGCAACAAAUUGAUGCCCAGAAAUCGCCUUUUACAGAUGAUUUUAGUACUUCAGGUCGUAUUAGUGGUAGUUCUUCCAAACAAACAUCUGGUAGGAGAACUAGGCCUGAAUCUGAAACAUCUUUUGCAAGUUUUGAUGAUAAUUUUGUUCCAUCAUCCAAUGAUGUAGAGAGAUAUUCCAAUUUUCAAGAUAUAUCAAACAAGGAACAGAUGUCUAGACAAGAUUCUCUUAGGUCUCCCUUUAUUGAUAAUUUUGUGGAUUCUAAGAGAAUAGAACAAGUUGAUGACAGUGGAUUUGCCUCAAGCUUUGGUGACAUUACAGAUAAGUUUGAUGACCCAUUUAUAACUGUAGAGUCUAAGCCUCGAAGCUCUUCAAGAAGCAGUGUUGACGCCUCGUCAAAAACUCCAGUAGACAGAGAGAAGUCUCUACAACCACCAUUAGAUACUUCAGUUAGUAAGCGAAAAAGUCCAUUUGAUGAUGACUUCACAAACCGGGGUGAUAGAUAUGAGGUUCUCAAAGAAGUUGAGAGUGAACGAGAGCCAUCUCUUGAAGGGGAAGUGAGUCGUCUCACCAGACAAGGAGAUCCCAGAGGAUCUCCAUUUGAUGAUUCCUGGCAUGGAUCUCAUCGGAAUACACCAUAUGAUGACCAAAAAUCUAUCGGCUCCUUACAUUCCAUUCAUGAAGAACAGACAAGCAUUCCUCACGAAUCUCCAUUUGAUGAUGAUUUUAAUCGGGAUUCCUGUAAAGCACCUGUAGACCAUGGACGGCUUUCCCGUUCAGGCUCUGAAAAUAGGAAGUCACCCUUUGGAGACAGCUUUACACCCCCAACCUCUGCAAGACCACAUAGGAGUCGAGGCCCAUCACGGCUGAGUGUUGGUAGUGAAGGAAGUGAUGUUAGACAUUCCCCGUUUGAGGAUAAUUUUAGUUCAAUUAUUGGUAGUGUAGCUGAAGAAGUGAAUUUUGAUAAUGCAUUUCCAAGCCUUCCACAAGACAUUAGCACUUCAAGUGAAGCAGUGGAAAGUGAUCCAUUUAGUGUUAAGCUCAGCAAAGUGCAAGAAAAAGCAGAAGGCAGUGAAAAUGAUAUGCAUUUUGCAGACUUUGAGAAUGCUUUUCAACAAACUGAAAUUGAAAUGAGUGGUGAACAAUCUAUCCAAAACCAAACAUCCAACACUCCUGGAAGGACACGUGUCCCAAGUGAAGAUGCUACUAGUGACGAUGUCUUCCCAAGUGAAGAGCCGGAGUUUAAAGUCUCAGCUCGUUAUGUCACCCCUAGCUCAGAUAUGAAAAAGUCAGAGUCGGUUAAUAUCUUCCGUCGUAAUAGUGAUCCCUUUGCUGAUGACUUUUUCAGUGCUGAAAAUGAAAUCGCUCGUAAUGCACUAUCAAGUAAAACUGAUGCCGACCCAUUCUGGGAAGAACCUUUUGAUAAUUUCAGCUUUCCAAAAGAGCAGUGAGAACUAUUUCUCACAAAGUACCAAUGUACUGUUUAUAUAUGAAGUCAGUAUACAUUGCUAAAUAUUUAAUGUCAGGUGCAAAACCCAAAGAUAAAAGAAUGAAUUCAACACAAUACAUUUUAACAAACAAUAAUGAUUAUGAAAAACUUAUCAAUCAUAACCAUUAUACACAUUUUGAGUUUUCUCUAUUGUUUUGAUAUUAAUACUGCAAUAUUUUUAGCAUCAGUAUCAAAACUAGUUGCCGAAUAAGAAAGAAUCUUGAUCGUGUCAUAUUGCACGUCGAGUGUAUAGCUUUCACUACAGCUGCUUGCACCUCUGUUGAUUGUUUAUGCAGUGCCAUACUUGUGUUUACAUAUGCAAUACUCAAGGGGAUCUGUCAAAAGUAUGAAAGAUGAGGAGUCUUUCACAGAUUCACAAUUUAUUUUUGUAUUCUUUUUUUUCUGACAUUUGUAUAUAUUAAGUUUUGCAAAUCUCUUUGACAUCAUUCCAAGUUUUAUGAUUAUUAAUGAGAUAAUUAUGUAUAAUAAUUAUGUAUAAUAAUGAGAUAAUUAAAUAAUUAAAAUAGAGAGAUCUGACUCCGGAAUUAAAAAGACAUCUUCAAAUAUAAAUCAUAUAAGUUAUCUUUUCAAACUGUGAUCUGACUGUUUUGUGGUGUAUCCUGUGUACUAUUAGUCUACAUGAUGUGUUCUUAUAAGGUACUGCAAGCUGUGGAAAAAUCGCUCAUAAGAAAUCUCAUAUUUUAUUCAUGGGUUCAUUGC